GUCAAAUCGGUGCCGGUUUCAGGGGCCGGUUUGACUCGCCUGGUCGGUGGGCCGGGCUGCCAGACUGUGAAGGGGCGGGACAGGCAGUUUUGCCUCGUCGUCAUGGAGAAGUAUGACUGUCACUCAGCAACGCAGGACUAUCCACAUCCGUUCACUCACGAGGUGAAGCUGACAAGGGCGCAGAGGAUCAGGGGCAUCAUCCUGGGCAGCAUCCUCUUCCCUCUACGCAUCACCCUGGCGGCCCUUUUCUUCCUCAUCAUCUGGCCUCUCGCCCGGCUACGACUGGCCGGCCUGUCCGAGGAGGAGCGCGCUCGUCCCGUCACGGGCUGGCGGCGCUGGCUCUUCCACCCGAUCAUCUUGCUGCUGAGCCGGGCCGUCUUCUUCUCCCUGGGCUUCCUGUGGGUGAAGGUCAAAGGUCGCAGGGCAGACCUGAAGGAGGCGCCGGUGCUGGUGGUGGCGCCCCACAGCGGCUUCCUGGACAUGCUGGUUCUGUGUCCGACCCAGCUGGCGACGGUGGUGUCGCGGUCGGAGAACACCAGCCUGCCGGUCAUAGGAGCUUUGCUCGAGUUCAACCAGUCGGUGCUGGUGAGCAGGAAGGAUCCAGAGUCGAGGAAGAAGGCAGUCACCCAGCUCACAGAGAGGCUGACCUCCAAUGGCUACUGGCCUCAGAUGCUGAUGUUUCCAGAGGGAACCACGACUAACGGCCGCGCUCUCAUCAAAUUCAAGCCUGGUGCGUUCCUUGCCGGAGUCCCAGUCCAACCUGUUCUGUUGCGUUACCCCAACAAGCUGGACACUGUUCGCUGGACUUACAAAGGAACAACCUGGACUGAGACACUGUGGCACACAACUUCACAGCUCUACACCAACAUGACUGUUGAGUUCCUGCCAGUUUACAACCCCUCCCAGGAAGAGAAGAAUGACCCCAACCUGUACGCUGAUAAUGUACAGAAACUCAUGGCCAAGGCCCUCGGAGUCCCAGCUACAGACUAUGUGAUGGAGGGCAGAGUUCCUGUCAGUAAACUCGGCGGUCUCUCUCUCCCACUGGAGUCUCCUGCCAGGGAAACGCUCUCACUGCUGCACAGAAACGGCCUGGAGGCAUCUGAGGUGGAAGCAGCGCUGAACCGAAUGAUUGACAGGUGUCAGUCAGGAGCUCAGGGGUCAAAGGCCAGCGCAGAGGAGCUCGCCUCUGUUCUCAGACUGACGGAUAGAGAGACAGCCGUCGCCAUCUGUGACCUCUACUCCAAGGAUGAAACUGUGGACAUCAGACAGUUUUAUUUGAGUGUUGCUGCCCUGUCAGGAUUUGUCAGCUUCAAAUCACUACUUCACACUGCUUUCACUCUGUUUGACAGGGAGGGCAGAGGCAGUCUGAGUGCAGAGGAGUUGUCAGACCUCAUGGGGGCGCUGCUGGGUGUUCCCCAGCACAGCACUGCUGAGCUGUUCAGGGAGGCCUCCAGUCAAGGCGAGCUCACUGAAGAAAAUCUGCUGCGAGUGCUGACGACCCACCCGACCUAUCAGAGAGUGGUGAACGAGUACCUGCAGCCGGAGGAGGCGGGCUCUCUGCCGUUCACGCCGAUGGCCAAUGGGAAGGCUGUGAACAACAACGGAAACAUGCACAACGGCAACGAACCAAUCCACUGACAAUAAAAAGUUUGAAUGAGGAUUCCUCCGUGUUUUUGCAGGACGUUCGGUCGAGUUUGUGCUUCGAGCGCAGACACAGGACUGUUUGAACCAGAAUAACCGUUGACACCGGAUUGUAUUUUUAACGUUUUGUCUCAUAGUAUGAGUGUGGACGCAUGGAUGUAUUUUUUUAUCCUCGUGUCAGUCAUGCCGACACUGGACGGCCAAAAAAAAAAAAAAAAAAAGACUUCAAUUAUGAUGCCACCGCUGCUUCUUGAAGUGUGUGUCUGUAUUUUUGAGGCCAGGUCCUUGUAUGUUUGAAGGUGUGUGUGUGUAUGUUUACCAGUGUGCCUCUUACCCUCAAGAAAUCUUGUUCACAUGUUGUUCCAGAUGCUGUUAAAGGACUCCAUUAGUCUGUCAUUUGAAGCCAUAAAAUGUUUUAUUUAUAGAAUUUUCUCUCUUACGUAUAUUAAAUGUUUUUUAAAGGGACAUUUUAAAGGUGCAAAAAGAAACUAAACACUCAGUGCAUCAAAGUUUAUUUUAUGUUUUACAUUUUUUUGUGAAUAUUGUUUAUAUUUGACAUUUAAUUAAACUGAAUUGUUUUUGUUGA